AUGUCAGAGGGAGAUUUGGAUGCAAAGGGUUUGAGUAGCUUGUACAAGCGAAAGGGAUAUUUCGACCAGCAGCGAAAAGUACUGUUAUCAGACUUCAAGCAGAGUUCAGAACACGAGACUUUACAGCAUAUGUUGCGACAGCUUGUAGAGGAGAAAGUUAAGGAGGAUCCUACAAUUUUGACUAAGAAUAAAGGUAAGAUGGCUGCGUUAUUGCAAGGAUCAAUUGCUACCAACUCGAGGAAUAAAGAGAUCUUGUCACUUGUUGAAAAGUAUAGCAAAACGCGAACUGUUGAUUCCAAGGAGUUGACUGCAAGCGUAAAUGAGACAAUGGAGCAACUAGAGAAGGGAGAAAAGGCUAAAAAGUGA